GAUCUUUUCAGUGUUCUGACGUCAAAGCCCGAGAACACAACGAUGGCUGCUGACACGAAAACCAACACAAAAAAUUCUGUUGCUGAAAUCUUUAAGAGCAUGGAAUAUGGACCUGCUCCUGAAGCUGACAAUGUUGCCAAGGCAUGGCUGAAUGACCAUGACAAUGGUGAAUUUGGGCUGUUCAUUGAUGGAAAAUGGGUAAAACCUGAUGGCAGAAAAACAUAUCAGACAAAAAAUCCUGCAACUGGUGAACCACUGGCAACAACUAUACAAGGAGAACAAGAAGAUGUAGAUUUGGCUGUAAGUUCAGCAAAGAAGGCUUAUGAAACUUGGAGUAAGACACCAAAUCAUGUCAGAGCUAGACAUUUAUACAGCAUUGCUAGACACAUCCAGAAACACAUGAGGUUGUUCAGUGUUGUAGAAGCUAUGGAUAAUGGUAAAACAUUCCGUGAGACCAGAGAUGCUGAUAUACCAAUUGUGGUCCGUCAUUUCUAUCAUCACGCUGGCUGGGCUCAGUUAAUGGACACAGAAAUGAGAGGAUGGAAAUCUGUUGGUGUUAUUGGAGGUAUUGUACCUUGGAAUUUCCCUUUGAUGUUACUGACUUGGAAGAUUGCCCCAGCUUUAGCCAUGGGUAACACAGUGGUCCUGAAACCAGCUACAUACACCAGACUCUCAGCCCUGUUACUGGCAGAGGUUUGUGCCGAGGCAGGACUGCCACCUGGUGUGUUUAAUGUGGUCACAGGAAAUGGAGCAAUGGGCAGUAAACUAGCAGAUCAUCCUGAUGUGGACAAAGUGGCAUUUACUGGGUCUACAGGGGUUGGUCAGACAUUACGUAGAUUGACUGCUGGAAGUGGGAAGAAAUUAUCGUUAGAGUUAGGAGGGAAAUCCCCUGUUGUUGUAUUUGAGACAGCAGACCUAGAUAGUACUGUGGAAGGUGUUGUGGAUGCAAUCUGGUUUAACCAGGGACAGGUCUGCAGUGCAGGAUCUAGAUUACUUGUACAAGAAGGCAUCCAUGACAAACUGGUGGCCAAACUGAAAGAGAGGUUGACCCACUUUAGAGUAGGUGAUAGUUUAGACAAGACAGUGGAUAUGGGAGCUAUUGUUGAUGAAUCCCAGAGGAAAUCAAUUGAAGAAUAUGUGGAAUCUGCUAGACAAGAAGGAGCAGAGAUAUUCCAGAUUUCACCCAUACCAAAGAAAGGUUGUUUUUAUCCUCCAACUAUAAUCACCAAUGUACAGACAGUAUCUAGAGUGGUUGUUGAGGAGAUAUUUGGUCCAGUAUUGGUUGUUUUAAAAUUUAGGACAGCUAAAGAAGCUAUUGCCCUGUCUAACAACACUAUCUAUGGACUAGGAGGGAGUGUCUGGACAGAAAAUAUACCAUUAGCUCUGGAGGCAGCACUUAGUAUCAAGGCUGGCACUGUAUGGAUCAACUGCCACAAUCUGUUUGAUUCUGCAGCUGGCUUUGGUGGCUACAAACAGAGUGGCUAUGGUAGAGAUGGUGGCAAAGAGGGACUAUUUGAGUAUGUCAGACCAUCCUGGGAAAAGAGGCCUAGACCAGAACCUGUGCAGUUGGACCUAAAAGCUUUUGGACAGAUAGUUCAGGCUAGACCAACUAUAGGAAACAACCAGAAAAAUGAGAUAUCAGCAGAUGGUAAACUGCCAGGAAUUGACAGAACAUAUAAGAUGUACUAUGGUGGUAAACAAGCCAGACCAGAUGCUCCCUAUGCCAGACCUGUGGUGAGCCCCAAUGGUACUGUUAUUGCCCAUGUUGGUGAGGGUACCAGAAAGGAUGUCAGGAAUGCAGUAGAGGCUGCACAUGCUGCCUCUGCAGGCUGGGGAAAGAGAGCAGCUCACAACAGAGCACAGAUAGUAUACUACAUGGCUGAGAACCUUGAGUUACGACGAGAUGAAGUGGCUAACAGGAUACAUCAGAUGACAGGACGAUCUAUGGACGACUGUAAGACUGAGGUGGAUCUGUCAGUUCAGAGAUUGUUCCACUGGGGAGCAUACUGUGAUAAAUAUGGAGGCACUGUACAGGAGACCACAUUAUAUGGUUGUACAGUAAAAGUUCAUGAACCUAUGGGUGUGAUUGGUAUUGCCUGUCCAGAUGAAUAUCCCUUGUUAGGUUUUGUGUCACUAUUUGCUCCGGCUGUCAUAAGAGGAAAUGUCAUUGUUAUUGUACCAAGUGAGAAAUACCCACUGUCAGCCUUAGAUCUGUACCAGGUAUUUGACACAUCAGACCUUCCUGGAGGUGUGGUCAACAUUCUGACAGGAAAUCGUAAUCACCUGACCAAAUUUCUUGCUGAGCAUCAGGAUAUCCAGUCCAUGUGGUACUUCGGAACGGCAGAAGGGUCCAAAUUUGUGGAAUAUAUGUCUGCUGAGAAUGUAAAGAGGACGUGGGUCAAUUAUGGACUGGCCAGAGAUUGGACAGACCCAGAACAAGGACAGGGAGAGGAGUUCCUGUAUCAGUCGAUACAAUGUAAAAAUAUCUGGAUUCCAAUGGGGGAUAUCUUUGCUAAUUAAACAAAAAAUGACAGAUGUGUUGAGUGAAUUAGUAUAUGACAGUCAUGUCCUGUAAUGUGUUCUUCGAAUAGAUCUGUUCACUUAAUCGAAUUAACAAAUAAAAUCUAGACUUAAAUUUUUAAGGACCAACAAAUUGAAGGUCAGUGUAGAUAAAUUCUCAAAUCAUUUCAGUAUUGUUUAGAUUUUUAAUUUUAAGCCAUGUUUUAAGAAUGUUAACGUUUAAAAGUAUUAAC